AUGGAACGCAGGGUGAUGGAAAUAAAUACUGGACUCAACCCCAAAUGGGAUAGCCCUAUUCGGUUUGAUCUAAUUGCACUAAAGGACUGCUUCCUACCUAGUACUCUUGAUGUGGACGGCAGCAGUCCCAAAAAGGAACGCUUUCAAGAACUCUUCCUGGAUAGCGUCUUCCAGGCGGACGUAAUGAAGGAAACAAAACGUUUUCUAGUAGAACGAAAGCUGGCGCCAGCUGAGCCAAAUGCCUUCAAGAACCUACUACGAGCCCUGUGGUUUUCAUCGUAUAAACGCGGAAAGCGCGAGAAUACAUGUGGCUUCGAGCACGUAUUCUUAGGUGAAAAACGAGGCCAACGUGUAUUAGGUUUUCACUACUGGCUUACCUUCUACCUUCGUGAGAAAAGCGGCGAAAUCAACUAUCUGGGUUCCUAUAUACGAUUUCAGAGUCGGACGCCAAUGGGUGCUUUGUACGCUGUCGCUUUUGAAUGGGACAAAGUCUGGAAAAAGAACUUUGCUCGCUUUCUGAUUGGUAGCUCACCGGAGUUUGAUAUGGCGCUCUACACAGCCGUCUUCCUGACGGCCAAUCAACGCACGCCAAAGCAAUUUCGGUUAGGAGUUUCGCUGAAACAUAACAGCAGUCGAAUUGCAGUUCAGUGUUACAAACUGGAGCAGACUAAAAUCGGAACCUGCUACAUUGUGUGA